AUGGACGACUCGAAUUUCCCUGUGUUCAGUGAUGGGGAUGUCAGAGUGUGGAUCGGUCUGAAAGUCUAUCAACUGCACUCUGGGGUCCUUGAGCACCAUUCGCGCUAUUUUAGAUAUGCUCUUCGCGAAGCUCCACGAUUUGAAGGCUUCGCUCAUUUCCACGUGGUCCCUUCGCAGCUGACUGAAGUUGGAGCUUUGACUCUUCAGGAAUCGGUAUCUUCCCCUCUCGCGUUUGAGUCUCAAUUUGAUGAUCCCGCCAAAGUUCGUGCGUAUUGGGAGAAUAUUCUUCGCGCCCUGUACAAGAUCAAGCCCAACUUGCAUCUCCCUGGCCGUCAGCUUACAGCCGUUGCCUCCGGACUGGCCAACCUGGGUGAUUUCAUCGGAUCAAAGGCCAUUGUCGACGAGGGUAUCGAUCUGGCACUCCAGGACUUAGGCCAAGGCCUGUUCCUCCUGAUUGUCAGCGACCCUAUUUCCUGGCUUUACUUCGGGAGUCGCAUCCGCUCCAAAACAAUCUAUCGUGAGGCUGUCGUGCACCUGGUAGGUCGAUUGCCUGGGCUCACCCCCGAAGACCUUGAACGGCUCGUCUUUCUUCCACAAUACACUCGUGACCUUUUGCUCGAUUCCUACAGGACUGUGUGUGAUGCCAAGAAGGCCGCCGAGGCACUGCUCUGGGGCUACGGUUCUGACCUCAACGAUGGUCCUGAUUCUCCCAUGAUGAAGGCCGUCGGCCUCUUCCGUCAAUGGAUUGCCCAGCACAAGGCACUAGGUAACAAUAUUGUCAGCUGGGAUGGAGGAGCCAGACUGUAUCGCACCAUAGCUUCCGGUGGACAGGCAUACCUUCCGGGGGAUCAAUUCCGCUAUGUCUACAGCCCCUCAGUGGGGGAGUUGGAAGCCCGUGAGAUCCUAGACAGACUGGCCCAAGUCAAAGACGACGUGAAGCAGUUUGUUGCGCCUCUUUUGGUGAACGAGAGCCGUUUCGACCCUCAGCGGUUUGGCCAGCUCCCCUAUCUGACCUGCGCCAAGAUUGACGACGAUGCCCUGCCUUGGAAUGAGUGGGCUAUCGAAGAUGGCAACAAUUCCGAUACUGGACUUUUGGGAUCUGAGGCCGGUAGUGAUGAUAGUUGGAUCUCUUGGGCGGACUUGGAAUCCUCAGACGACGCUAUGGCUGACGAAUCGAGUGAGAAAGUUGAGCGGUUCCAUCAUCUUCGUCAGGCCAAGGUCGUGUCCAACUCGGUUGAACCCGAUGAGGCGUAA